AUGAAGGCCUUUCUAUGUUUGCCCCUAUUCAGCGCCGGGCUAACGCUCGCCCUGCCUCACAGCAAAGCCAACCGAUCUCUCCUCUCCUACCCCACUAAGCCGCGCGUCUUUAUCCUUUCUGAUAUUGCCAAUGAGCCCGAUGACUCCGAGUCGCUCGUCCGCUACCUGGUCUACAGCAAUCAGUUCCAGAAUGAGGGCAUCGUGGCCACCACUUCCACGUGGUUGAGAGAUGAAGUGCGUCCGGGUUUGAUGCUGGACACUAUCGAAGCCUACGCAAAGGUGGUGGACAACUUGAACAAUCAUGCUCCCAAAGAUGCGCCGUUUCCGUCGGCCGAUUAUCUACGGGGGAUUGUAUCUCACGGGCUGCCUGUCUACGGCAUGAAGGCUCUCCUAAACAACAACACCUAUAGCCCCGGCACAGAACUUCUCAUCAACAGCAUCACCAACACGUCUUCCGACCAGCCUCUCUGGGUCCUCGGCUGGGCCGGCACCAACGUUCUUGCUCAAGCUCUUCUGAAUAUUUCUCUCACGCACUCCGCCUCCGCGGCAGCCGCUCUCCGCGCGAAUCUCCGAGUUUACGCCAUCUCGGACCAAGAUGACACUGGCCCUUGGAUCCGCCACAACUGGCCCGACAUCCACUACGUCUCUUCUGUGCACGGAUUCGACCAGUAUGCAGGGGCGACCUGGCCGGGUAUUUCUGGCGAGACAGGCUACGACUUCGACAAGGGUGGUCCAGACACCUCCCUCGUGUCUCACGAAUGGCUAAAGAAAAACAUCCGAAUCGGUACUCUGGGCGCGAAAUACCCGGAUUUCGAAUACAUCAUGGAGGGAGACAGCCCGACGCUGCUGUAUGUUAUCCAGAACGGACUGGGUGAUCGAGAACACCCUCGAUAUGGCAGCUGGGGCGGCCGAUAUUCGGCUGUUUGUGACAACUGCGACUGGGACAAUCACUACAGCGAUGCGGAGGACCAGGUCAUCGGCCUGAACAAUCAGACGUUCAAGUCGAACAAAGCGACGAUCUGGCGUUGGAGAGAGGCGUACCAGAACGACUUUGCAGCGCGGAUGCAAUGGACGUUGUCCGCUUCGGAGACCAACGAAACCUGGAAUCACAACCCGGUAGUUAUUGUGAACGGGACGGGCGGGUUGGAUCCGGUGCCCGUGAAUGUAUCUGUUGGGGAGAGGGUGGCUUUUGACGCGGGUGAGACAUAUGAUCCAGACGGCGAUAGUUUGUCAUUCCACUGGUUCCAGUAUCUGGAGCCGUCCACGGACAACGCGUCCGCGAAGGGAAAUGUGGGGGAGCUGAACAUCACAAGCACUUCUGAGGGGAGAAUGGUGUCGGUUGCGAUUCCAUCUACGGAAAACACCUGCGAUGAGGAUGGUUGUCAGUUACUACAUCUGAUUUUGCAAGUGAAGGACACGGGCAGUCCGCCGUUGACCACGUACCGGCGAAUGCUGAUCCAGGUGUCCAACACCACUGCACUCUAA